AUGGAGGUUAAAGAAUGUAACGAUUUAGCUGAAGAAAAUCAAUUCAUUGUGGACGAUGUGAGUAAAAUUAUUAAAGAGGCUAUUGAGAAUUCAAUCGGAGGGACUGCCUAUCAGCACAAUAAAGUUAAUCAAUGGACAUCAGCUGUUGUGGAAUCUUGCUUGGGGCAAUUGACUAAGCUACAAAAGCCUUAUAAGUAUAUAGUGACAUGCACUAUCAUGCAGAAGAAUGGGGCCGGUCUACACACGGCUUCUUCUUGUUUCUGGGACAAUAAUACUGACGGCUCAUGCACUGUGCGCUGGGAAAACAAGACUAUGUACUGCAUUGUCUCCGUGUUUGGCCUGGGAAUCUAA